CGUGACAGGACGAUUCCGGAAAUACAGACGGCAAAGCGCACGGUAGUGUAACCAACAAAAAAAAUUGUAGCAAAUAGUGGGAGUGUGAGGUGUGAGGUGCAUUGGCAAGAGCUGAAUUGGAAGCAUUUUAACCCUAUAUAUUAAAUUAAAAAUGUAAAUAGUAGCAAGUAUUCUAAGUGUAUAAGUGAAAUAAUUGUGCAAAAGUUCAUAAAAAAGUGUUUGAAAGCGMAAAAAUUGAGUUGAAAAUUUAGAUUCCAAGCGAAUCAAGUCAUGAAAAUUCGCUUAUAGCCAAGUUGCCAUUUUUUGUGUGUGUACCUAGUAUACGACGGAAGGAAAACUUCAGUUCAGCACCAGCGCGUGCAUGUGUGCGUAAGCCAACGCGUAAAGUGUAUUGUGUAUAUGUGUACAACGAAUAUGUAUUAGUGGUAGUACCCUAAGGAUAUAGAAGAAAAAAUUCUCUAUUGUAUGCAAAAGGAAAUCAAAUACAUACAUACAUGCAAACAAUUUCUUUUUGGCGAAAGUUUUUCAAAAUUUUAAAAAGUGUGCUUUGUGCAAUACAAAAAUUKUACUGUGAAAACAUAAUACAAAUAUACAAACGAAUAAGUUUUUGAUACACACGCUCUACUCCCAGUGGAUUAAAACGCAAAAAUCAAUAAUUCGGAUUAGCCGCCUGUGUGAGGAUACAAACUGAAAAGACUCCCUGAAAAUGUAUUAAAACCGAGCAAUUAAACUCAAAACAGUGUUUACUAAAACUAAUCGACGAGUGCAAUCGACAGUGCAAAAAAUUGUGCAAAGAGCAUCUUAUAGUUCGAAACAGCGAGAAGAAUAAAAAACGCGUGCCACAAUGGCGGCGCGUUGCUCUUCCGAGCUGCAGCAGCAGCGGGGGCAUUCGCAUAACAGAACAACACGCGAUUUCGAUACAAUGUCCCGAAUAAACCCGCGUAUUUCGUCCACUCGCUCGAAAAUUAUCGUGUCGCAUUUCUUCCAUACGCCACCCUCAUUGCCCCGCUUCUACAUGUUGGCCAUUAUCAUCAGCGCGCUGCUCAUGCAUAUUUCCAAUACGCAAGCGCAUAUGACCGCAACUGCCAACGGCGAAGGSAUGUCGCAUGCGGUUGGUAUUUCAGCGGCAAAUGCUGCGCGCAUGUUAGCCGGCAGCGGUGGCACAACUGGCAGUGAGUACUCCCUUGUACUGCCACAUGAUACCUAUCCCGGUUUUAGUAUUAAGCGAUUCAAGACAAUGCCAGUGAACGAUAYGAACUCAACGCUGGAAAAAACUUCCUCGUCGGCAUCGACAUCUGUUGGCGCUUAUCAUAUGCUUGCCGGUGAUUACUCCAAAUAUUUUACAGUACUCGACGAUGGUGUGGUUAUGACUACAUCCGACAUCUCCCCACUUGUUAAUCGCCCGGUGAAUCUCGUKGUGGUCGAGGAGACACCUAACGCCACCAAUACACACAAUUUACAGUUGUUUGUUAUGCAUCGCAGCGAUAUGUUGCGCUUCCCCGGCUCCAUGCUGGAUGCAAGUGGGGAGGUGCGUGAGAAUCGCCCCACAGGCACACGUGUACGCGGCAUACCAUUAAUGCAGGCGUUAAGUGGCGAUGCCGCUGUUGAAAAUAACACCGGUGCGCCCAAGAAGGUGCGUUACACCAUCAUCGACGGCAAUGAUGACGAGGCAUUUGCACUGCAGACGCGUAAGUCCACUGAAAAAAGCGCUAUGAAUGUGAAGUCCAUCACGGUAGAUAGUGAUGGUGAAGCUGGUGUGUGGUUGGUCACCAAUCGACCAUUGGAUCGUGAAACAAAAGCRCACUAUGACUUAUCGGUACAGGCCUCAGACAUAGAUGAACUCGAUAAGAUCAUCUCGAAAAUUCAGGUGACUGUACUGGACGAAAAUGAUAACCACCCUAUAUUUAAAUCCACCGAAUACAAAUUCGCUAUUGCCGGUCAGAAGAGCACCGGCUUAGAGGGUAACACAACAACCACUUGGAAACGGUUCAGCAUACUGGGUAAGGUUGAAGCCACUGACGCGGAUGGCGAUAAGAUCGCCUAUAGACUAAGUGCGCCAAAUAAUAUUGUCAUCAUUGUGCCACAAACUGGUGAAAUUAUGUUGGCUGAUCAACCCCAUGCCUCCGAAUUGUUGAUCGAGGUCGAAGCGCACGACUUACGCUAUCCCAGUUUGGUGAGCAAACAACCGGCUAAAGUGUUGCUAGAGUUCUUAGCGCCAGAACCGGUUUCUUUUAUAAUGCAACACUUGGAGCACGAUGCCAUCAAUGAGCAUUCACAUCAUCGCGAGAAACGUCGGGUAACGCGCGCGGUACGCCCGACUAAACGCAUCGAGUUUACUGAAGCCGAUGGCGAUACCGAAGGUAAAUCCGUCUUCCAGUUGGAGAAAGAGACCGAUAAGGAAACUUUUAAAAUACGCGACGACAAUCCGUGGGUGACAGUCGAAACAAAUGGCGCGGUGCGUGUGAAAAAGAAGUGGGACUACGAAGAGCUGGGUCCGGAGAAAACAAUUGAUUUUUGGGUGAUCAUCACGAACACUGGACAACAUGUUUCCGACCUCAAGUACACCGACAAUCAGCGAGUCAUCAUUCACGUGAAAGAUGUCAAUGAUGAACCACCAUAUUUUAUUAAUCGUCCGCUGCCCAUGCAAGCCGUCGUACAACUUAAUGCUCCGCCCAAUACACCAGUUUUUACAUUACAAGCUCGUGAUCCGGACACCGAUCAUAACAUACAUUAUUUCAUUGUACGUGAUCGUACCGGUGGCCGUUUCGAGGUGGAUGAACGUUCGGGUGUUGUGCGCACACGUGGUACUGAUCUUUUCCAGUUGGAUAUGGAAUAUGUUUUAUAUGUGAAAGCUGAGGAUCAAAAUGGCAAAGUGGAUGAUCGUCGUUUCCAGAGCACACCUGAGGAGCGUCUUUCCAUUGUGGGCGGCAAACGAGCACCACAAUUCUACAUGCCCAGCUAYGAAGCAGAGAUACCGGAGAAUCAGAAGAAGGAUUCUGACAUCAUCUCGGUGAAGGCGAAAUCUUUUGCGGAUCGAGAAAUACGGUACACAUUAAAAGCGCAAGGGCAGGGUGCUGGUACAUUCAACAUUGGUCCGUCCUCGGGUAUUGUUAAGUUGGCGAAGGAAUUGGAUUUCGAGGAUUUACGACAGCCACACGUCUACUCACUGAUAGUCACCGCCACCGAGGACUCGGGUGGCUUCUCCACAUCCGUUGAGUUAACUAUUCGAGUAACCGAUGUAAACGACAAUGCGCCGAAGUUCGAAUUGCCUGAUUACCAAGCGCACAACGUAGACGAAGACAUACCGCUCGGAACCAGUAUACUGCGCGUGAAAGCAAUGGACUCUGACUCGGGYGCAAAUGCAGAAAUUGAAUAUCUAGUUUCGGAUGAUCACUUUGCGGUCGAUUCGAAUGGCAUUAUUGUCAAUAAUAAACAACUCGAUGCCGACAACAACAAUGCCUACUAUGAAUUCAUUGUGACAGCAAAAGAUAAAGGUGAACCUUCGAAAUCUGGCACUGCCACUGUACGUGUCUACACGAAAAAUAAGAACGACGAAGAACCAAAAUUCUCCCAGCAAGUCUAUACACCGAAUGUGGAUGAAAAUGCAGGACCUAACACACUUGUCACCACUGUGGUGGCAUCCGAUAAGGACGGUGAUAAUGUACGCUUCGGUUUUGUUGGUGGUGGCACAUCGUCUGGCCAAUUCGUUAUAGAGGACAUAACCGGUGUAAUACGGUUACAUAAUAAGGCCAUAUCAUUGGAUCGCGAUAAGUAUGAAUUGAACGUGACSGCUAUGGAUGAUGGUUCGUGUUGUGUUAAUGGUGAUCACACCAUACACACCUCCACCGCUGUUGUUGUGGUGUUUAUAACCGACGUGAAUGACAAUAAGCCUGUGUUUAAAGAUUGCGGCACUUACUAUCCAAAAGUGGARGAGGGUGCUCCCAAUGGCAGUCCUGUGAUAAAGGUGGUCGCCACCGAUGAGGACAAAGGCGUCAAUGGACAGGUCAAGUAUUCAAUCGUGCAACAGCCGAAUCAAAAAGGCACGAAAUUCACAGUCGACGAAGAAACCGGCGAAGUAUCAACCAACAAAGUGUUCGAUCGCGAAGGUGACGACGGUAAAUUCGUGUCAGUGACUGUCAAAGCAACCGAUCAGGGAGAGCCCAGCUUGGAGGGCGUGUGCUCGUUCACGGUGGAAAUCACCGAUGUUAACGACAAUCCACCAUUAUUUGAUCGACAGAAAUACGUGGAAAAUGUGAAACAAGACGCCAGUAUUGGCACAAAUAUCUUGCGCGUUUCCGCGUCAGAUGAGGACGCCGAUAACAAUGGCGCCAUCGUGUACAGCUUGAGUGCGCCAUUUAAUCCCAAUGAUUUGGAAUAUUUUGACAUACAAGCAGAGUCGGGUUGGAUCGUGCUGAAGAAGCCACUUGACCGUGAAACAUAUAAAUUAGAGGCAAUGGCGCAGGACAAAGGCUACCCGCCGCUGUCGCGUACCGUCGAGGUGCAAAUCGACGUAGUCGAUCGUGCCAAUAAUCCGCCCGUAUGGGACAAUACGGUGUAUGGGCCGAUUUACGUCAAGGAAAAUAUGCCAGUCGGUGGGAAAGUCGUCUCGAUCAAAGCCAGUUCGGGCAUUGAAGGCAAUCCGACUGUGUUUUAUCGCCUAAUGCCCGGGUCCACCGCACAGACCAAUAAAUUUCAUACGUUCUACCUACAACAAAGACCGGAUAAUGGGGAUACAUGGGCCGAUAUAAAGGUGAAUCAUCCGCUGGAUUAUGAGAGUAUAAAGGAGUAUAAUUUGACGAUACGUGUAGAGAACAAUGGCGCCCAACAAUUGGCAUCCGAGGCGACCGUCUACAUUAUGCUCGAGGAUGUUAACGACGAGAUACCAUUGUUUACGGAGCGUGAACAGGAGACCGUGCUGGAAGGUGAACCCAUUGGCACGAAAGUGACGCAAGUGAAUGCSAUUGACAAGGAUGGCACAUUUCCAAAUAAUCAGGUCUAUUACUACAUUGUCGACUCACCGCGCAACGAAGGCAAAGAAUUCUUCGAAAUAAAUCUGCAGAGUGGCGAAAUCUUCACCAAAACCGUGUUCGACAGAGAGAAGAAAGGCGCCUAUGCGCUGGAGGUAGAAGCACGCGAUGGCGCGCCCUCGGCACGACCCAACAGCAAUGGACAGCCCAAUUCAGUAACAAAAUUUAUACGCAUUGGCAUCGCCGAUAAGAACGACAACCCGCCUUAUUUCGACAAGUCGCUCUACGAGGCAGAAGUGGAUGAGAACGAAGAUAUCCAACACACUGUGCUGACCGUUACAGCCAAAGAUCACGACGAAUCAUCGCGUAUACGUUACGAAAUUACGAGUGGCAACAUUGGUGGCGCUUUCGCUGUGAAAAAUAUGACUGGAGCCAUUUAUGUGGCCGGUGCAUUGGACUACGAAACUCGCCGAAGGUAUGAACUGCGUUUAGCCGCUUCCGAUAACUUGAAGGAAAACUACACGACCGUCAUAAUUCACGUUAAGGAUGUCAACGAUAAUCCACCAGUUUUUGAACGUCCCACCUAUCGCACGCAAAUCACCGAAGAAGAUGACCGCAAUUUGCCGAAACGUGUGCUUCAGGUCACCGCCACCGAUGGAGAUAAGGAUCGCCCUCAAAAUAUCGUUUACUUUUUGACAGGUCAAGGCAUCGAUCCGGAUAAUCCCGCCAAUAGCAAAUUCGAUAUAAAUCGCACCACGGGAGAAAUAUUCGUGCUGAAGCCACUUGAUCGUGAUCAACCGAACGGUCGUCCGCAAUGGCGCUUCACAGUUUUCGCGCAAGACGAAGGUGGUGAGGGUCUCGUCGGUUAUGCAGACGUGCAAGUGAACUUAAAAGAUAUAAACGAUAAUGCACCGAUCUUCCCACAAGGCGUCUACUUUGGCAAUGUGACAGAGAACGGUACUGCCGGUAUGGUGGUGAUGACAAUGACAGCGGUGGACUACGAUGAUCCAAAUGAGGGAUCUAAUGCGAAGCUUGUGUAUUCGAUUGAGAAGAAUGUGAUUGAGGAGGAAACAGGUUCGCCGAUUUUCGAAAUAGAGCCUGACACCGGUGUUAUAAAGACUGCAGUCUGUUGUUUGGAUCGUGAGCGCACACCGGAUUAUUCAAUACAAGUUGUGGCCAUGGACGGCGGGGGGUUAAAGGGCACGGGAACGGCUUCUAUACGUGUGAAAGAUAUCAACGAUAUGCCGCCACAAUUUACAAAAGACGAAUGGUUUACGGAGGUGGACGAAACGGAUGGCACAACAUUGCCCGAAAUGCCUAUACUAACAGUGACGGUACACGAUGAGGAUGAAACGAAUAAGUUCCAGUACAAAGUGAUCGAUAACAGUGGUUAUGGCGCUGAUAAGUUCACUAUGGUGCGAAACAAUGAUGGUACUGGCUCACUAAAAAUUGUGCAACCACUGGAUUAUGAAGAUCAGUUACAAAGUAAUGGUUUCCGCUUUCGCAUACAAGUUAACGACAAGGGUGAGGAUAACGACAACGAUAAAUACCAUGUUGCCUACUCGUGGGUUGUGGUAAAGCUGCGCGAUAUUAACGACAAUAAGCCGCACUUUGAACGGGCCAAUGUAGAAGUGUCUGUAUUUGAAGACACAAAAGUAGGCACGGAAUUGGAGAAGUUCAAGGCGACCGAUCCCGAUCAAGGCGGUAAGAGCAAAGUUUCCUAUUCAAUCGAUCGUUCGUCGGAUCGGCAGCGACAAUUUGCUAUCAAUCAAAAUGGCUCGGUAACAAUACAACGUUCAUUGGACCGCGAAGUUGUGCCACGACAUCAAGUAAAAAUAUUGGCGAUUGAUGACGGUUCACCACCAAAAACCGCAACCGCCACACUGACGGUUAUUGUGCAGGAUAUUAAUGACAACGCACCUAAAUUCUUAAAGGAUUAUCGGCCUGUGUUGCCAGAGCAUGUGCCGCCAAGGAAGGUGGUGGAAAUAUUGGCUACAGACGAUGAUGAUCGUUCCAAGAGCAAUGGUCCUCCAUUCCAAUUUAGACUGGAUCCCAGCGCCGAUGACAUAAUACGUGCGUCUUUCAAAGUGGAACAAGAUCAGAAGGGCGCCAACGGCGAUGGCAUGGCUGUAAUCUCCUCGCUGCGUUCCUUCGAUCGCGAGCAACAGAAGGAGUACAUGAUUCCGAUUGUGAUCAAGGAUCACGGCUCACCCGCAAUGACCGGCACCAGUACACUGACUGUCAUCAUUGGCGACGUAAAUGACAAUAAAAUGCAACCCGGAUCCAAGGAUAUAUUUGUUUACAAUUAUCAAGGACAGUCACCGGAUACACAAAUCGGACGCGUCUAUGUGUAUGAUCUGGAUGAUUGGGAUUUGCCCGACAAGAAAUUCUAUUGGGAUCCGCAGGAACAUCCACGAUUCAAAUUGGACGAGGACUCAGGCAUGGUAACGAUGCGUGCCGGUACACGUGAGGGACGUUAUCAUUUGCGCUUUAAGGUGUACGAUCGCAAACAUACGCAAACCGAUGUGCCCGCCAAUAUUACAGUGACAGUGCGCGAGAUCUCUCACGAAGCGGUAAUCAAUUCAGGUUCUAUACGCGUCUCUGGCAUAACCGAUGAGGAUUUCAUAAGAGUCUGGAAUUAUCGUACACAGAGUUUGAGUCGUUCGAAAUUGGAUCGUUUCCGUGACAAAUUGGCAGAUCUGCUGAAUGCGGAUCGCGAGAACGUAGAUAUAUUCAGUGUGCAACUGAAGCGUCGGCAUCCACCACUAACCGAUAUACGUUUCUCCGCGCAUGGCUCGCCCUAUUACAAACCAGUACGUCUCAAUGGUAUUGUGCUGAUGAAUCGAGAGGAGAUUGAGAAAGAUGUGGGAUUCAAUAUCACCAUGGUUGGCAUUGACGAGUGUUUGUAUGAGAAUCAGAUGUGUGAGGGCUCCUGCACAAAUACAUUGGAUAUCAGCUCUUUGCCAUAUAUGGUGAAUGCGAAUAAAACCGCCUUGGUGGGAGUGCGCGUUGAUACGCUUGCUGAGUGUACUUGCGGCGCUCGCAACUUUUCGAAACCUGAGUCGUGUCGUAACACACCCUGCUACAAUGGUGGACGUUGUGUAGAUACACGGUUUGGUCCGCACUGUUCCUGCCCGGCAGGCUAUAAUGGUCCACGCUGCCAGCAAACCACACGCAGCUUCCGAGGCAAUGGCUGGGCUUGGUACCCACCACUAGAAAUGUGCGAUGAAUCACAUUUGAGUUUAGAGUUCAUAACUAGAAAACCGGAUGGUCUUUUUAUCUACAAUGGACCGAUCGUUCCACCAGAACGUGAAGAAAUGAUUAUUACGGAUUACAUAGCACUGGAAUUAGAGCGUGGUUAUCCACGUUUACUUAUGGAUUUCGGUUCCGGUACUUUAGAACUGCGCGUGAAGACAAAGAAGUCGCUCGAUGACGGUGAAUGGCAUCGUAUCGACAUAUUUUGGGAUACAGAGAGCGUACGCAUGGUUAUAGACUUCUGUAAAUCUGCCAACAUUAGUGAAAUGGAAGAUGGCUCGCCACCCGAAUUUGAUGACAUGUCUUGUCAGGCGCGUGGACAAAUACCACCCUUCAAUGAAUACCUAAAUGUUAAUGGACCACUACAGGUGGGUGGCAUCUACCGCGACCUCUUCGAUCCGUCACUCUAUUUUUGGCAUUAUGCGCCCAAUGCCAAGGCUUUUGAUGGCUGCAUACGUAAUUUGAUAUUUAAUUCUAAGCUCUAUGACCUGGCGCAUCCCGGACUGUCACGCAAUAGCGUAACUGGUUGUCAACAAACUGAAGAAGUGUGCUCGCAAUCAGAGCAGACAGCACGCUGCUGGGAACACGGCAACUGUGUCGGCUCACUUUCCGAAGCACGUUGCCAGUGCCGCCCCGGCUGGACAGGACCUGCUUGCAAUAUACCCACCAUACCGACCACCUUCAAGCAACAGAGCUACGUUAAGUAUGCGCUUAGCUUUGAGCCAGAUCGAUUUAGUACACAAAUACAAUUACGUUUUCGUACACGUGAGCAACACGGCGAACUGUUUCGUGUUUCGGACCAACAUAACCGCGAAUAUGGAAUUUUAGAAAUUAAGGAUGCGCGUCUACACUUCCGCUACAAUCUCAAUUCACUGCGUACGGAGGAGAAAGAUUUAUGUUUAAACGCAGUUGCGGUCGACGAUGGUCAAUGGCAUGUGGUGCGCAUUAAUCGUUAUGGUUCGGCAGCUACACUGGAGCUGGAUGGUGGCGAAGGCCGCCGCUACAAUGAGACAUUCGAAUUUGUGGGUCAUCAAUGGCUGCUGGUCGACAAGCAGGAGGGUGUAUAUGCUGGUGGCAAAGCCGAAUAUACGGGCGUACGUACGUUUGAGGUAUAUGCGGAUUACCAAAAGAGUUGCUUAGACGACAUUAGGCUUGAGGGCAAACAUUUACCCUUGCCACCCGCGAUGAAUGGCACGCAAUGGGGUCAAGCGACUAUGGCGCGUAAUCUGGAAAAGAACUGUCCUUCUAAUAAACCUUGUUCAAAUGUCAUAUGCCCGGAGCCCUUCGAAUGUGUGGAUCUGUGGAACGAAUAUGAGUGCACUUGCGGUGAAGGACGCGUCAUGUCGCCAGACGCCAAAGGCUGCAUGGAUCGCAACGAAUGCCUGGACUUGCCAUGUCUAAACGGUGCCACUUGCAUCAAUUUGGAUCCACGUCUGCGCUACCGUUGCAUCUGUCCGGAUGGCUUUUGGGGCGAGAACUGCGAAUUGGUGCAAGAGGGACAGACGCUGAAGUUGAGCAUGGGCGCACUGGCGGCCAUACUGGUUUGCCUGCUGGUCAUACUGAUUCUCGUGCUGGUGUUCGUUGUUUAUAAUCGGCGUCGUGAGGCGCAUAUUAAAUAUCCUGGCCCGGAUGAUGACGUGCGAGAGAAUAUUAUCAACUAUGAUGACGAGGGUGGCGGCGAGGACGACAUGACUGCAUUCGAUAUUACACCGCUGCAAAUACCAAUCGGCGGGCCAAUGCCACCCGAGCUGGCGGCCAUGAAAAUGCCAAUAAUGUAUCCGGUGAUGACGCUAAUGCCCGGCCAGGAGCCAAACGUGGGCAUGUUCAUUGAGGAGCACAAAAAGCGUGCCGAUGGUGACCCAAAUGCACCGCCCUUCGAUGACUUACGCAACUAUGCUUAUGAAGGUGGCGGCAGCACAGCCGGUUCGCURAGUUCGCUGGCCUCUGGCACUGAUGAUGAGGCGCACGAGUAUGAUUACUUGGGCUCGUGGGGGCCGCGCUUCGGCAAACUGGCCAACAUGUACGGCGACGAAGUGAACGCUGCAGCUGCACACCCCGAAUUAGGAUUGUAAAAACACAGAGAACACAAAACGGAAAAAGCUCCAUAAGUACGGCAGAAGCAGCGAAACACAUUUGAGGAUAAGGAAAACCAAACAAAGAUAAUGAUAAAGAAGAAAGUGAAAAUGAAAAUGAAAUAUAAGGACCAAGAAGUAAAAUAUAAAGAGACAAAGAUUUGAGUGGAAACUAAAAUAAAUUAAAUUWAAUAUAAAAUAGUGUAGUGCAACCAAAGAUAGAAGUGAGAAUAGAAAUCUAA